AUGACCGGUGAACAGCGCUUUGUGAUCAGUACCCGCAUUAUUGGAGCUGUCCUUAGGGACACACCAAAACUCAAGAUGUUCAUGAUAUCUGUGUUAUGGUCUGAUGAGACGGAAGUGAUUAUCUACAGGUCUUUCCAGGAUUUCAAGAAAUUUCAUAGGCAGCUGAAAAAGAGGUUCCCUCUUAUGAACCUUUUCCGGAAAAAUGACAGAGUGAUCCCCAAAUUUAAAGUAAAGGCCAGGCGAGGCAGCUUCCAGCAGAAGGGAUCCAAGCGAUCCGUCCAACGCAUGAAGUUCCUGGAGAGCUACUGCGACAAGCUGUUGAGAUGUGACCAAACUGUGACUCAGAGCUCGGAGGUCGCACAGUUCUUCAUGCCCAAAGACCAGGACCUGCAGCCAGACUUCACCAAGAACAGCAUCAUGAUCCUGCUGUCUGAUGAUCUGCCUGAUGGCCCAGGUGGAGGGGGUGGCAAUGUUACUCGCCAGCAUGCGGGCAGCAUCACUCACCCAUUUGUCACCCAGACUUAUCGCUGCGUGGCUGCUUAUGAGACAAAAGAUACCAAGAAUCGUCUGUUUAAGGUUGCUGUGGACGAGAAGCUGGAUGUCCUGAUCAAAGACCCUGCAGGUUGGUGGCUGGUGGAGAAGGAGGAUAAGUGUUUGGCUUGGUUUCCUGCUCCCUACCUGGAGUUAUGGGAAGGAGAGGAAGAUGAUGAUGCUGGAUUCCAACUAGGAGGUGCCCUGUACUGUGCUGUGAGGAGUUAUUCGACUAAGAAGCACGAUGAGGUGUCUGUGCCAAUUGGCUCUGUGGUUGAGGUGCUGAGGAAGUCUGAUGACGGCUGGUGGCUCAUUAGAUUCAAUGGUAAGACGGGUUACAUCCCCUCCAUGUACCUGCAGCCAUUCAACAACCCACGUGCAGGCCUUUACCGCCUGCAGAGAAAGUUGCAUAGCUCCACUCUGAACUUGGCAACCAGCAAGGAAGCUCGGGCUUCUCAUCCACACAGCAUCAACAAAGAAAACAGCCCACAGCUGGAUCCUGCUGGUCAGUCCAGAGGAGAGGCCAGUGUUCCAGGGCGUCUCCACAAGGCCCAAUCCCUGGACGUUCUCCUUGAGAGGGACGCCUCAACUUCAGCUGGCCGCACGCGCAGCACGAGCAACACAAGCAACACAAGCAGUGAGCUCAGCGUCUACGGCUGCUCCUCCUCAAGCAGCGGAUCCUCCUCGAGUUUAAAAGAGGAGGACGCGCAGCAUCAGCGCCACCAGCCUGACAUCAGCGACAGUGAGCGCAGCAGCCCUGAUCUCAGUCUCUCCGACCGCCGCGGCUCCAGCACUACCUCUGAGAGUUCUGUAUCUGUCAAGUCCAACGGCAGCGAGACGUCCUCAGUCGCUCCCAGGGUACCACCCAGACCCAAAACCGAGGAGAUCUUGACCCGCUGCACCACCAUGACCCGCAAGGCAGCCCUGGCCACCAAGACUCGGCUUCAUAUUCAGCCAGAGUCCAACCACAGUCGCUAGGGAAAUGACACUGUGACACUUUACACUAAAAAUACUCUUAAUCGUGCUUUCUUGUUUAUUUAUAUCUUUUUAUUAUGUAUCCAUGUAAAAUAUUUAACAUGUUAAGUCAGUCAAGUGUGCAGCAUUGUUCAUAUCUCUCAUAGUGCUUGUGAUAGCAAUGAUUGAAGAGAUAGCAGCAGUGGCAAGACAAACCUUUGCUGGAUUCCAUAAGAUGAUAAUCUAGGAAUCUUCCAUUUGAUUAAAUGGAGCAUGGCAUCUUGGAUUUGAAUAUUUCACUCAGUAUAUGAAUGUAGCUUCA